GAGUCACACACUGUUGGGACUGUGUUGUAAUUGGCAUGCUUGGUCUAGACAGCUCACACUCUCUCUCUCUCUCUCUCUCUCUCUCUCACACUCACACACACACACACACACAGGCUCCGACAAACACAUCCAGAUACCCGGUUGCAGAGCAGAAGUUUUGCAGCAACUCUCCAAACACACCCUCGGAAAGGUGAAGCUGAAGCUCUGCCGGCUGCCGUGGAUAAAUUACGUGUGACAUGUUUAGCUGGGCUGCCUUUUAUGGCGCACGCUCUAUCUUCUCAGCACGGUAGAGUCCAGAGAGAGAGAGAGAGAGAGAGAGAGAGAGCGCAGUAGAGAGGCAGUGUGUGUGAGAGGAGUGUGAAGCGUUCACUUGCUCCCUUUGCAGCAGUCAGUGGAGUCCGUACUGGAGCGGAGUUGCUACUGACAGACGUGCCUUUGACAUCCGCUGCUGCUUGGACCGCUUGAAAGGGCAACGCCCCCCCACCCCCUUUUUCCUGCUUCUGCCACCCGCCACCCGCUUCAGUGCCAAGUGACAUCCGCGGUUCUGAGCGAGAACGGCCUCUGCUACGCACCUGGUCGCCAACGCAACACCCUCCACCCCCCUGCCGUGUGCCCCCAUGUUGCUUCUCGAGUCUGUGUCAUAAGGACGGAUCCAGGCAGUGCGCGCGUGUGUGUGUGUGUGUGUGCGUGUGUGUGUGUGUGUGUGCAUGCGUGUGUGUGUGUGUGCGUGAGUGUGUGUGUGUGUGUGUGUGUGUGUAUGAGUGAGUGUGGGCAAGAGGUGACUGCUAUUGCCUCUUUCCACACCGCCAACUCUCUCCUCCUCUGCCCCUGCAACCACACGUAAUCAAUAAUGAGUUUCACCAUCCGUCUGGCCUGGCAGCGCAGCUGAGGAGAGACUGAGUGACAGCGAGAGAGAAGGAGAAAGAGUGAGGAACAGAGAGACGGAGGCCUCCACAGAUAGAGGCUUCAAACGAUAAAAAGGUCACAACAUGGGCCUCUGAUUUUUGAUUUCUGAGUGCCUAUAAACAAAAAGCCAAAAUCUCGUCUCUUUUCCCGAGUGCACAAACCAAACCGGACAACAAGCUUCCUGUCCAUCAGCAUCAGCGUCAGCGUCAGCAUCAGCAUCAGCAUCAGUGCCGUCAUAUCGUCUGGAUUUCUUUGUUUUUUUUUGCUUUUAAGCCAAAAUGGCGGUUAAUGUGACGCCCAUCCGGGACACGAAAUGGCUGACACUGGAGGUGUGUCGCGAGUUCCAGCGAGGCACGUGUUCCCGACCCGACUCUGAAUGUAAGUUCGCACAUCCGGCCAAAAGCUGCCAAGUGGAAAACGGGAGAGUCAUCGCCUGCUUCGACUCCCUCAAAGGCCGCUGCUCCAGAGAGAACUGUAAGUAUUUGCACCCUCCGCCCCACCUAAAGACGCAACUCGAGAUCAAUGGCAGGAAUAACUUGAUUCAGCAGAAGAAUAUGGCCAUGCUGGCCCAACAGAUGCAGCUGGCCAACGCCAUGAUGCCUGGCACACAACUGCAGCCUGUGCCCAUGUUCUCUGUCACGCCCAGCCUGGCCACCAACACCACAGCACUGGUUAACCCAUAUCUGGGCCCCGUGUCUCCGGGCCUGGUGCCCACUGAGAUCCUGCCCAGCGCGCCCGUACUAAUGACCAGCACCCCUAACGUCCCUGUGCCCGCUGCAGCUGCCGCCGCCGCCCAAAAGCUCAUGAGGACAGAUCGGCUGGAGGUAUGUCGGGAGUACCAGAGAGGUAACUGCACACGGGGUGAGAACGACUGCCGCUUCGCUCACCCAUCUGACAGUGCCAUGAUCGACACUAAUGAUAACACAGUGACCGUGUGCAUGGACUACAUCAAGGGCCGCUGCUCGCGCGACAAGUGCAAGUACUUCCACCCUCCGGCACACCUGCAGGCCAAGAUCAAGGCCGCGCAGCACCAAGUCAACCAGGCGGCCGCCGCCGCUGCCAUGACUCAGUCGGCUGUCAAAUCACUGAAGCGACCCCUCGAGGCAACCUUUGACCUGGGGAUUCCACCUGUUUUGCCUCCAUUACCAAAGAGACCCGCACUUGAAAAAACCAACGGUGCCACGGCUGUGUUCAACACUGGCAUGUUCCAGUACCAACAGGCCCUGACCAACAUGCAGUUCCAUCAACAGGCGGCUUUCAUACCAUCAGGCUCAAUAUUGUGCAUGACACCCGCAGCGAGCGUUGUUCCCAUGAUGCACGGUGCUUCGGCAGCCACUGUGUCAGCAGCCACCACAUCCGCCACAAGUGUUCCCUUCGCAACAGCCACAGCCAAUCAGAUUCCAGUAAUAUCUGCAGAUCAUCUGACUAGCCACAAAUACGUGACCCAGAUGUAGGACUUCAAACAAUCACUUCCAAGUGUGCUUGUGUGCCGUCCGAAUUUUAGGAUCCACCCUUUACACCUUUAACCACCAACCAGAAGAUAAGAAAAAAAUCAUGUCACCAUUCCCUGGAAUGACGGAAACGCGCAUGCUAACACUGUUAAGGAUUUGAUAUAGUUGAAAAUGAACAAACAACAAAAAAAAAACUCUUUUGAUAAUUUUUUUUUUUUUUGGUAGCUGGGUGAAAGCAUCACCGUCUGCCUUUUUCCGUCUACGAAUGGUACAAAGCAUGUCUGAACCAUUACGACGACGAGAAACGCACGGUGGUGCCUCCUGUUACGUCUUUUGGUACAAAUUCUUGGUUUUGUUUUGGUUUUGGGACAGCGGGGAGGGGCGUUUAGAUAUUUUUCGUUUGUCUGUUUCUUUCUUUUUAUGGUUUACAAACUACGGUGCACCUUGAGAACUUUCAGUGAAAAUAACGUCAACGGAACUUGCAAAAGAAUAUCGUGUCAGACUAGAUAUCGUGCAUGCAGUGUUCCAUUUGUCAGCAGAUCUUUUAUAGGACUUGAUUGUAAAAAAAAAAAAAAAAAAAGGUGCAGGAAGGAGGGACGGAGGACACACACACACACACACACACACACGUAUACACACACACGCAAAAAUGACAACUGAAUGUCCAAGCUCUUUAACACAGCAGUGUUCCUUUUUUCGAAGCACAUUGAAGUGUCGAUCUUCAUGUUGCGGACUCCACAUCAAGUGCCAUAGACAGUACUUGCAUCCAAAAAAAAAAAAAAAGAAAAGAAAAAAGAUACUAUAGACUUAUUAUAGGAGUGUUACAUGUUUGUAUUAUUAUAAUUAUAAUUAUUAUUAUUAAUAUUAUUGCCUUUAAGUCUCGAAUGUGUUGUCUGGUUUUCUGUUUUAUUUCCAAAUCUUCAGUAUUUUGUUUUAUUUUCAUUUCUUACUUGCCCAAAUAUUUAAAAAAAAAACCACGCAAUCGCCAAAAAUGUGUCGAAAAUUCAAACGUUUUACGCUAGCUUUAUUUACGUUCUCAUUUGCCAUUUUUUUUUUUAAAUUUAAAUUGAUUAUUUUAGGUCGUUUAGACCAGAAACACUCAAAACUAACAAGGACUCCAUUCAUACGUUCCUGGUGGGCAGGGUUUGUUUUGUUUUGUUUUGUUUUGUUUUCCUUAAUAGCAAGAAAUUACCUUCUUUUUAAUUGUCAUUGAGUGUCGAAUUAAGUGUGAACGUGGGAAAUGAAAAUAAGAGAAAAUUAGUAUUAAUGGGAGGCGAAGUGGCCAAGUGGUUAGAGCGCUAGACCACUAAGCGAACGGUCCCCGGUUCAAGCCUCGCCUCGCCUUGGACGGUGAUCUGGGGCUCGCCUCCUGUCCACCCAGCAGUGAAUGGGGACCUGGUGGAAACACUGGGGAAGUUAAAGGCGGUGAGGAAAGGAACUGGCAACCCUACCUCACCAUGCCGACGGCCUAGACAGAGUGUGCUCUCUAACAGGCACUUCCCAACGUACGUACGAAAAACGUAUACGGGACUCUUUGACUUUUGAGUAUUAAUGGAGGUUCUUUCUAUUUCUUAUGUAAGGUCCACUGUUUUAUUUUUCAAGCUUGAUCAGAGGAUGUGGGUGUAUUUUUAUUUAUUUAUUUUUUAUUUUACUUUUUCAAUUUACUUCCUUCUCAGCCCUGUGUGGGAGAGCGAUGAGGCCUGAGGUCAGAGAUGCUACAGAAAGGGCUGCUGGGUAAAAAAUAAAUCUAAAAAAUACGACCCACUACACAGCGUGGGCGUACUGAUGAGCAUCAGCGCAUCGCUACAUCCGAGGGCAGGAUUUUAAUGAUUGUAUGAUUCAAUAUUAAAUGCCUUAGUCCACCAUUCAGGCAUGUCGAUGCUCAUAUUCCCAUGUGGUUUUUUGUUUUGUUUUGUUUUGUUUUGUAGUUACGGCUAUGUUUUUCUUUCAGAUUUUCCCCGCAAUUUUUGUUUUCCGUUUUUGGUCACGUUGUUUCGUCUGUCUCAUAUUUGUCCAGAGGGAAAAAAAAAAAAGAAAGAAAUAUUCUGUCGCGUAACUAAGUUCGGAUACUGUUUAAGUAUUCCAUUUUGUCGAGUAAGAUUUAACUUUUUUAGAGUGUGAACUAUUAUAAAUAAUGUGUUAUAUUUUUUUGUUUGUUUGUUUGUUUGUUUGUUUGUUUGUUUGUUUGGCGUUCUUCACACUAUACUCAGUUUUAAAGUUAUGUAGUGCUGAUUAUUGAAUUUGAGUAUUGAAUAUUAGCAUAUUGUUGAAAAGCGAAACGAUUUUUAUUUUUAGUGAAAGGUCAUUUUUGUUUUGUUUGAAAUCUUCGAACAAACAUCUUUUAUAUGAGUAAAUAUCUUAUGACGAGGAAAUAGUUGCCAAGAGACAUAGCUGCUGUGGCAUCAACCAUGGCUGAUAUUGGAAUAAUAUUUUAAUGAUCUUCUGGUUUGUAAUUAGUCGUUCUAAUUAGAAAGAGAGAAAAAAAAAAGAUGAGUAUAGUUCUUAGAUGUUAAAGGUUGUUUUCUACUGUAUUCAUUUAAAAAAAAAUAGCAACUAUCGUUCGAGUAUUUCCAAUCUCCCUAGACGUAAGGCCUUGUAAAAGGAAAAAAGCUGCAUACGUGAUGGUGAUGGGGCAGAUUGGAUGGACGUGAGGUCAGGACGGUGUGUGUUAAACCGGGGGGAGGGAAGGAGAACCCUUUUCAGGUGACGCCACACAGGUAGAGUCGGGGAUGAAGGGGACAAAAGUCGACUUUUUUUGCACUUCUGUACAUAGUCAAAAAAGAAAGAAUCGUGUAUAAUAUUGAGAUCUUAUUUUGAAUAAAAAAUGUCUAUAAAUAUGAGGAUUUUGUUAAUGAUAUUAAAAAAAAACACACACACACAUACAGAAAGUCAGGCUGCUCGCAAAAAAGUGACACAGAAUUCUGAAAAGGGCAAAAAAAAAUAAAACGUCGCUUUGCUUUUUUUUGUCAGCGGCUUGUAGCUUGCCAGGAAGCGUUCAGGUUGGAGGUGACCCUCGUCCUCCAGAGCAAAGGCCCGAUAUGAAAAGUCAUGUGGCCUCAACCUGGUGGUUCCGCAACCCUGAUCCUGAUCCUGAAGCACAUUCUAGUGUUUGUCUUCCUCUCACACACCCACGUUGACUCAGGAGGGGUGUAUUUAUUAUUAGCUGAUUCAUUGGAUCGGGUGUGUCAGAGCAGCGAGAACACUAAAACAUGCAGCUCAGGAGCAGAAAUUGGGACCAGGAUUGGGAAUCACUGGCCUAACCUCAUAAUGAAAUAGAUCCGACCCAGAAUUUCUCGUUUCUUUUCUGAUGAUUGCAUGUUAAAGGACGUAACAUAUACCACAAGAAAACUUCACUGAGUAAUACUGAAUAAACAACCAUGUUAUACAACUUAUUUACAGUAUACUUUGUAAUAUUAAUGUACUGGACUAAAAAAAAGGACAAAAAAAAACAAAAGUGGUUAACAAAAAAAAUAAAUGGAUUCCUCGAGAGCAUUUCCUCAUCAAGGUCUUAGCUCUUCUGGAGUAAUAACAACUGUACAUCAUAGCUAUAAGUAAGAUCUUUCUUUUCAUACGUCGUAUUUUAAGUAGAUGAUGGAUCGACAACCGAAAUUCUUUGGCACUCUGAAGUAUGGGUACCAUGGGUGUGGUGUUAAGUUAGGAAAUGUUUCGCGUCCAUGUUGAGUUGCCAAAUGGAUUCUGUGUUACCAAAGUUGACUGUGCUUACGCAUUUCCUGCUCGUUCGCGACUCGAGCCUGGAUUACCAUGGGCUUGUGAGUUCUUUUUCAUCAGUUACAGGUGCACAUUUGAGUUGAUGACAUGUUGUAUUCUCCAACUUAUGGUUUGUUUCUGCUUGUAGUGAUUAAUAAUGUAUUCUGUCUAAAGCUGCAGUUUGUUUCAGCUAAUUUUAUUAUUUAGUGCUUUCAGGAAGAAGAAAAAAAAAUAUAUGGGUUUUUGUAAUUUAGCCACAUUUCAGCAUGCACUUAUAAUGGCCUGCUAUCACAAUACUGGCACAACAGUCUUAAGCCAUAAACAAUUGAAGGAUUCAGAAUCAUUUAAUAUUAACAAAGGGGCAGGUUUCUGCCAACCCAGUUUAUAGAAAGGUCAAAUCUUUCAAUGCAGGUCAUUAUUGGGUCUGAAUGCUACAUUACAAAGACCUUAAAGUGGCUUUUAAUGCUUGAUUUCAUUCUUGCUGUUAUGGAAAAAAAAUCUAAUGAAAAUAUAUAAAUGAACUUAAAUAAAAGUGGAUUUGCAAACAAA